UGCAGAGAAACUGUUCCGCUGGUCUUGUGUGCUGUUCUGUGAGAGCUACUGCAUGGAGCUGAGCCAAGAGGAGCUUGAAAACCACCGCAUGUAUGCAGUAACCUAUCAAGAUUUGCAUAUCAACUUCACUCAGGAAGAGUGGGCUUUGCUAGAUCCUUCACAGAAGAAUCUUUACAAAGAUGUGAUGCUGGAGGCCUAUAUGAACCUCAAGGCUAUAGGCUACAAAUGGGAAGAUGAUAAUAUCAAAGAACAUCACCAACAUUCUCAAAGGCAUGCAAGUGUCAUUUGGAGCCUCAUUUGGUGUCGGGAGUUUUGGAAUCCAGAUCCAGGCGCCCAGAAAAGUGGCUGCUCCUCGGCCCGACCAGGGACAUGUGGACUCUCCUUUCGCUAAGUUCCUCACCACUUCGCUUGGCAAGCACGAUUCCUGCUGCCGGGAACCAGCUCCUUCUACCUGCCAGUAAGGUUAGGUGGUAUUCCGAGAUUUCUCUCGAGGCCACGUGCUCUUUCGCUAGCAGCCUGCUUAUCUCGGCCUGAAUUAAACUCCUCCGGUAACAAACUUAACUGCUUUAUACAAUGUCAGCUAACAUUAUGAUGCAGGAUGUUAAGAAUUUUCUUGUUUUUUGU